CGCACGUAAAAAAAAAUGUAAUAACAUAGCACUAGUUAUCAUGUGCCAAACCAGACAACUGGUACCUAUUAAGGAUUUCAUUCAUACAUACAAUUUACACUUAUUCAAUUGUGCCUGCCAAAUCUCUCUCUCUCUCUCUCUCUCUCUCAUAUUUCUCUCUCCCUUUGACUCUGUUCUCUCUACUUCAAGGGGGUGGGUGGGUUUUUAGCAAAAGGUGGCAUCAUUUCUAACUUGUUGGAUCUGCUCAUUACUUGCCCUCCUUUGGAAGACCCUCCAUAUGUUUUUCUCUCUUUCUGGAAGCAUUAUUCUCUGUUGAUUGAUAUAUAGAUAGAUAGCUGUCUUUAAUGAGGAGUUCCAGUCAGUUUCACGAUUUUCGAUUAGUUCUCGGUUUCCUAUUGCUUGCCUGUGUUAUAGGCGAGAUUUCAGCUGCAGAUUAUCUCCCAGCUGAUAAUAAUCUUGUCAACUGUGGGGGUCCUUCUGAGACGGUUGAUGGUCGACAAUGGACCACGGAUAAUGGGUCAAAGUUUGUGCUGGCAGGUGCCAAGUCCUCGACAUCGCCUGCUGACACUCAGAGGCCCUCUGUGCCUGAGAUCCCUUACAUGACUGCUCGAGUGUUCCAGUCGGAGUUCACCUACAGCAUACCUGUGGCUUCUGGGAGAAAAUUUGUCCGCCUCCAUUUCUAUCCAGCAUCUUACGGAGGUUUGAAUGCCUCAAAAGCCAUUUUCUCGGUGUCCUGUGGCCAAUUUACCCUUCUCAAGAACUUUAGUGCAGCACAAACCACUGAAGCUCUUAAUUAUGAUUUUAUUGUCAAAGAGUAUUCUGUAAAUGUUGCAUCCACAAUGGUCAACAUUACCUUCACUCCGGCUUCAGAUACUCCUGACUCUUAUGCAUUUGUGAAUGGUAUUGAGGUCGUGUCACAUCCUGACAUAUAUUCUACUGAUGAAGCCGGUAUAGUGGGGCUAAACAGCCAGUUCAGCAUUGAUAAUUUCACUGCUAUCGAGAAUGUUUAUCGGCUUAAUGUUGGAGGAAAUGCCAUUUCUCCCUCAAGUGAUACUGGUCUCUUUAGGUCCUGGUACGAUGAUAUGCUUUACAUAUUUGGGGCAGCAUCCGGGGUUUCGCAGACUGCUGAUUCAAACAUGACGAUUAAAUACCCAUCAGACAUGCCAACUUAUGUAGCGCCAGUGGAUAUCUAUAAAACAGCUAGAACUAUGGGUCCGGACCAGCACAUUAACGCUGGUUACAAUUUAACUUGGGUCUUCUCAGUUGAUUCAGGAUUUAAUUACCUUAUUAGGCUUCAUUUUUGUGAGGUUUCUGCAGACGUAACCAAGAUCAACCAGAGGGUAUUUGAAAUCUUAAUUAAUAAUAAAACUGCAGACGGUGAUGCAGAUGUGGUUGGUUGGACUACAAGCAAUGGAGUUCCGAUAUACAAGGAUUUUGUGGUACUGGUUCCAGCUGGGCCUCCGCAGCAGGAUCUCUGGCUUGCGUUGCAUCCAAAUCUUAAAGCAAAAUCUAAUUACAAUGAUGCAAUUCUUAAUGGGGUUGAGAUAUUCAAGAUAAAUGGUACCACUGGAAUUCUUGCAGGUCCCAAUCCCAUCCCAGCGCCAGAACAAGAAAGAAUUGAUCCAUCACCACGUCGAUCUUCAUCUAGGUCGGGUGAUUCAAAUAAGAGCGCCGUGAUUGGUGGCAGCAUUGGGGGUACCAUUGCUGUAUUACUUAUUGUUGGUUUACUUGUUUGUUUUCUUGCUCGACGGCAUAGGCAGAGGAAGGAUUCAAGUGCAAGUGAUGGACCCUCCGGGUGGCUCCCUCUUUCGCUUUAUGGAAAUUCACAUUCCUCAGGCUCAAAGACAACUACCACAGGAAGCUAUGCAUCCUCCUUACCUUCAACCCUUUGUCGACACUUUUCUUUUGCUGAGAUCAAGGCUGCAACUAAAAAUUUUGAUGAAGCACUGAUCCUUGGUGUAGGAGGGUUUGGCAAAGUGUACAAGGGUGAGAUUGAUGGUGGUACAACUAUGGUUGCAAUCAAGCGUGGUAAUGCACUAUCCGGGCAAGGGGUGCACGAAUUUCAGACUGAGAUUGAAUUGCUCUCAAAACUACGACACAGGCACCUAGUUUCAUUGAUUGGUUAUUGUGAAGAAAACUCUGAAAUGAUCCUUGUGUAUGAUUAUAUGGCUUAUGGAACCCUCCGUGAGCACCUCUACAAGACUCAAAAGCCACCUUUGCCAUGGAAGCAGAGGCUUGAAAUCUGCAUUGGUUCUGCUCGUGGUUUGCAUUAUCUUCACACUGGUGCCAAACAUACUAUUAUCCACCGUGAUGUUAAGACAACAAACAUCCUCUUGGAUGAGAAGUGGGUUGCAAAGGUUUCUGAUUUUGGAUUGUCAAAAACAGGUCCUACAUUGGAUCACACACAUGUCAGUACAGUAGUGAAAGGUAGUUUUGGGUAUCUUGAUCCGGAGUACUUCCGGCGGCAGCAACUGACUGAAAAAUCCGAUGUUUACUCAUUCGGAGUUGUGCUGUUCGAGAUUUUGUGUGCCCGUCCUGCUUUGAACCCGACACUUCCAAAGGAGCAAGUGAGUUUGGCAGAGUGGGCUUUCCAUUGCUAUCAGAAAGGUAAUCUUGAUCAGAUCAUUGAUCCAUAUCUAAAGGGGAAGAUUGCUCCCGAGUGUUUAAAGAAGGUAACAGAGACAGCGGUCAAGUGUGUAGGGGAUCAGGGAAUUGACAGACCAUCAAUGGGUGAUGUCCUGUGGAACCUUGAGUUUGCCCUGCAGCUUCAAGAGAGUGCGGAGGAGAGUGGUAAAGGUUUUGUUGGCAUGGACAUGGAAGAGGGAACAUUUGAUGUGAUUAGUAAAGGAAAGAAGGAUCCUGAUUCAUCCCUGGGCUUUGACGGAAAUGUAACAGAUUCAAGAAGUACCGGGAUGUCUAUGAGCAUUGGCGGCCAGAGCUUAGCAAGUGAAGACUCAGAUGGCUUGACGCCAAGUGCUGUUUUCUCUCAGAUCAUGAACCCAAAAGGACGUUGAGUUUACUAAUUCCUAUUAACACUUGCUAUGGCUUGAUGACUUAUUGGCGGUAUGGCAUUGUGCUUAAUAGGGCAUGUUAGCCGUAAAAAUCACUCCUUGUUUUAUAUAUUAUUUCACCCAAACAGUAAUUUAAAUAUCUUCAUAUGGUUUUUCUCAAUUACGUACUGCAAUUUGUAUCUACUAUUACAUUCAAGUGAAACACAAUAUUCUUUUUCUUGGUUUCUUAUGAGGACUCACAAUCUGUCUAUCUAAAAUUAUUUAAUUUUGAAGUUGAA